UAUAACAAAACUCUUAAAAAAAAUUAUGGCAUCAGAAUUUGAGAAGAAUAGUACCAAUAUGUAUGUAGAACAAUCACCAAAAGGACUAGAAAAUGGACAAGUUCAGAAAAAUGUUGAUGAUGAUGGGCGCGAAAAAAGAACAGGGACCGUGCUAACGGCGAGUGCUCAUAUAAUAACUGCGGUGAUUGGGUCAGGAGUGUUGUCACUAGCAUGGGCAAUGGCUCAGCUAGGGUGGGUGGCUGGUCCUGUUAUUCUCUUCCUCUUUUCUUUCAUCACCUAUUUUACUUCAACGUUGCUCGCCGAUUGUUAUCGAUUUCCGGGCCCCGGCUCUGGCAAGAGAAACUAUAGUUACAUGGAGGUUGUCCGCUCUCACUUAGGAGGAUUUAAAGUGCAACUUUGUGGAAUAGCUCAAUAUGGUAAUUUAGUAGGAAUUACCAUUGGAUACACAAUUACUGCAUCUAUCAGUAUGAAGGCAGUAGUAAGGUCAAAUUGUUUUCACAAGGAGGGGCACCAAGCUAGUUGCACAGUAUCAAAUUACCCAUAUAUGGUUAUUUUUGCAAUAAUACAAAUAAUUCUAAGCCAAAUACAAAAUUUCCAUAAACUUUCAUGGCUAUCAAUUCUUGCAGCAGUUAUGUCUUUUGCUUACUCUCUUAUUGGUCUUGGACUUUCCAUAGCCAAAGUUGCGGGUGCUGGGCAUCAUGUGAAGACUAGCCUAACAGGGACAAUAGUUGGUGUAGACGUGUCAGGAUCUCAGAAAGUUUGGAGAUGUUUACAAUCAAUUGGAGAUAUUGCCUUUGCUUAUGCUUUUGCCACCAUUCUCAUUGAAAUACAGGACACAUUGAGAUCACCACCAGCAGAGAACAAAGUUAUGAAGAGAGCAUCACUUGUUGGAGUUUUUACCACAACUUUAUUUUAUGUGUUAUGUGGUACAAUUGGCUAUGCAGCCUUUGGCAACAAUGCUCCUGGAAAUUUUCUCACUGGUUUUGGUUUCUAUGAACCCUUUUGGCUAAUCGAUUUCGCUAACGUUUGCAUCGCCAUCCACCUCAUCGGAGCUUACCAGGUAUUUUGCCAACCAAUAUAUGGCUUUGUGGAGGGUCGUUGUAGUGAAAAAUGGCCAGAUAACAAAUUCAUUAAAUCCCAACAUGACAUAAACAUCCCAUGGUUUGGUGUUUACAAUCUUAACUAUUUUAGGAUGUUGUGGAGGACAAUAUAUGUUAUAAUAACAGCAAUAAUUGCUAUGAUUUUCCCAUUUUUCAAUGCAAUAUUAGGCUUAAUUGGGGCAGCUUCAUUUUAUCCAUUAACUGUUUAUUUCCCAAUAGAAAUGCACAUUGCACAAAGGAAAAUACCUAAAUAUUCAUUCAAAUGGAUAUGGUUACAUAUAUUGAGUUGGGCUUGCUUGAUUGUGUCACUUGUUGCUGCUGUUGGAUCCAUAGAAGGCCUUACACAAGAUCUCAAGACAUAUAAGCCCUUCAAACCUCAAGAUCAUGAUUGAGGAAAUUUCAGAAAUAGCGGUACUUUUUUGAGUCCUGAUUAUCAAUUAUAGCGAUAGUUUGGCUAAUUAUAAAUAGAAAAUAGUGUAUAAUUAGUUUUGAUUAUCAUAACUAUGUAUGUAGUAGUAGUAUUUUCAAUAAGAAGUUAAAGUUUCUUGAAA